AUGUCGGUUAAUCCUCCAAUGAGGCCAAACUACUACUCCUGUGCUCCGUAUCCCCAUGAACCAUAUAAAGUUCAUGAUAAUUCAAGAAGGGAAAACUUUGGAGGUAGUAGCGUACACCAAGAUUUCGAAACUCCAGGUUCGGGUAGUGAGCCUCAAACUCCUCAACAUGAAAUCAGUGAAGAGGACAACAUCGAAGUGGUCGAAAAAAAUAAUAUGAAAGGGAAGAGCAAAGGUGAAAAAAGGCUUAAGUGGAGUCCAAUACAAGAUACAGAUUUGUGCUUUGCUUGGUUAACAACUUCGAAUGAUGGUGUAAAGGGAACUGAUCAAUCGUUCAAUAAUUACUGGGAAAAUAUUGUGGCUUACUACAACCAAUAUAGGAAGGAGGGUACAGUAAUGACCCUAAAUCAAGCCUCCAAUCAUUGGUAUAAAAUGAGUGCCGAUGUUUCCAAAUUUAAUGGUUGUUACAUACAGGUGGCAGAUAGCCACCCAAGUGGUCAUGAUGAUGAUCAAAUCAUGGCUAUGGCCUUGGAUCUUUGGAGAAGUCGUUGCGACAGGAAAUUUGCUUAUUUACAUUCUUGGAAAAUUCUUAAAGAGCAACCGAAAUGCGAAAACGAUAAUGUUGUUGAGGUUAUGGAUGUUAGACCACCAGGUCAAAAGGCAGCUAAAACAGCAGCAAGAGGUAAGGGAAAGGCAAAGAACAAAAAGACUAAUCCAGAAGAUACGGAAACCUGGAGCAAGUUUGAAGAGCUCCAAGCUAAAAAAAAUGUCAUUGUAUGA